AUGGAGCCACCCUGCAAGCAGCCACGCAUCAGUGCCCAGAGCACGCCCAAGGAUGUUUCGGAGUUGGUGACGCCCUGCUACAUCGGUUACAAGUCGGUGAUCCAGCGCAAUAGUGAGCGGAUGCUGCAGCGGGCUAAACAGCUGGGAUGUCAAUUGCGGCCGCACAUGAAGACCCACAAAACCAUCCAAGGUGGUGUGCUUGCGACGGACGGCACCAAGCGCUGCAUCACAGUGUCCACCUUGGCGGAAGCGGAGUUUUACGCCGAUGCCGGCUUCGAGGACAUUUGCUACGCCGUGCCCAUCACCGCGGAGAAGCUCCCGCGGGCUGCGCAGCUCCACGAGCGAUGUCUCUUCCACGUGUGUGUCGACCAUCCGCAGGCAGUGGAGGCGAGGUGUGGACAGGCCAACAAGCCUUGGUCCGUGUUUCUCAUGGUGGACUGUGGCUAUGGCCGAGACGGCGUCGACGUGAAGGACCCGACGAGUGUGCAACUGGCUCAGCGCUUGGCGUCGUCGAAGGGGACGCGACUGGCCGGGCUUUACACCCAUGGAGGCCACUCCUAUGAUGCUUCCCAGGUGUGCUGCGGGGACCGGCUAAGGGCGCCCAGAGCGGUUGGGUUGACAGCUGCAAAAGGGGUCCAUUCCCGAUGUGAAACCCUUCUGCAGGUGCCCAUUGUGGGUGUGGGCUCGACGCCCACCUGCUCCAACCCUCCGAACCAGUUCCCGUCAGAAGUGACCGAGAUGCAUCCGGGGAAUUACAUCUACUAUGACACCAUGCAACAGGCGCUUGGCUCCUGCAGCGAGGAGGACAUUGCCGUGCGCGUGUUGACGCGCGUCAUCGGCGCCUAUGAGCGACGGAACCUGCUGCUGGUGGACAUGGGCUGGACGGCGUGCUCCAAGCAGGGCCCCUGGGCCGCCCUGGUUUCACAGACGGAUCGACAGAUCGGAAAGGAGGAACCAAAGAGCGGGCUCGGACAGUUCGGAGAUGUUCGGAGCACUUCCCACGGACGUCGGGAAAAAACGCUCCAUUUGCUUCGGAGACGGCUUUUUUUCGGGUGGGCGCGGUGCAUCCGACUGGAGAAGCUGUGA